ACUUUGCGUUCGGGCUAUGUGAGUUGUGUUGUUUUUUCUUGCCGGAAAACGCUUUCGAAUAAGUCGUCGAUCUAUUAAAGUUCCCCGCACGCUAUUGAUGGCGCGAGAACUCAAAACAAGUGGAAAUUCAUCAAAAUAACCCUGUUAUGCACUACUGCCGAUGCUGCUGCGUGGGUUUUGUUUACUUCCGUACACGGUCUAGGGGGAAGCAGUGAAAAUCAUUCCUUCCAAAGAGGAAGAGUUCCUCCACCACGAGGGUGGGAAUGUGACGCGCGUGUGGCCGGUAGUUUCGUGAAAAAAUUUCACUGAUCCGAGAAGAGAGAAUCUAUUUUCACGCAAGUUCAUCUCUUCGUCAGUGGAAAAUUUUCCCUCGCCGGAGAGAACCCGUGCCGACACGGCACGAUAUUUUCCGCUUUUCGGAUGGGAAUGUUGAGAACAUUUUCCUCCGAUAUUCCAAGUCAGUCGAGAACACGGCGCGCUACGGUACGGUUCGUGAUUCGAUACACUGGUGAUCCGGGACUUUGCUUAGGGGUUUAUUAGACUAGAGAAAAACUCUAAAUUUGGAGCAAAUCGAAGCAGUGUGGUGGAGUAGAAGAAGAAUCGACUGUCUCUGUGGCACGCCGAUCGACGUAUCUGAAAACGAACGACACGAAACACGGUAUUAAUUGAAGAAAACGUUUUAGAAAAGCACCAAACAAAAUGUCGGGCGAAGUGAGUGAACCCAUUAAAAAGUGCUCGCUGAUUCUGAAGAAUGCGAAAAGUGACACGGAAAAGUUUGCCGCACUGUUCAUGGUAACGAAACUGAUCAAGGGCAAGGAUUGCAACCAGGCCGGCAAGCGGAUGCUGUUCGAGUCGAUCGGGUUCGAGUUUCUGCGCAAGCUGCUCACCAGCAAGGACGUUCCGGAUGACUGUCCGGCCUCCGUCUACCAGAGCGUGGCACUUUCGAUUCUGAGCUGCUUCUGCGAGGACGAGCAGCUAGCGACGCACCAGGAUAUGCUGGACAGCAUCCCGGUCUUCCUGGGGAUCGUAUCGACUUGCGAUGACGACGAGUACGAUGACAACCUGAUCGUGAUCAACGAGGCGUACCAGUGUCUGCAAAGUAUCUCGCUGUACGAGAGUGGCCGACUCGCACUGCGCCAGCACGACAUCAUCACUAAGAUGGCACAGGUGUACACGCAGCGUAGCUUCCAGAUCGACGAGGCUCUGACGCUGAUCGUGACGCUGGUUGCUCGCUUCGGUGCUAACUCGUGGGACAAUGCCGACCCGAAGCUGUUCCACGCGCUGCUGCAACGUGUUUCGCUCGACUUUGAGACGGAUCACGCGGAGCGCAAGUUCGAGCUAGCGGAAAUGAUCAGCGCCCUGCUGUUCCAUUGCCGGCGCGAUCUUGUCUCGCGCACGGUACAGGGCGAAAUUUGGCCUGAAUGUCUCUACAAGGGUAUCAGCGAUAUUCUUACCAGCAAGAUCGGCAAGGCACAGCGUGAUCCCGCGCUCAAGCUGGCAGCCAACGCGGUCGAUGUGCUGGGCAUCGAGUGGACCCUGCACGAUACUGAGAACCCGAAGAAGUUCUUCUUACUACUACUGCAAUUGGCCGCGAUCGAGGUGCGCAUGCAAAUGGACAACAAGAGCUUUAACCAGUGCAUGCAGCAGGCGGACCUUAUCACGUCCUGCUUCAUCAUACUCGAGCUGUCGAUCAAUUACAUGUCGACCGACCAACUCGACCUGGACCAGAAGGACAAGCAGCAGGUGUACACUGGAUUGAAGGGUGCAUUCUCCGGUGUGCUUGGCGUGCUUGUCAAGCUUGCCAACGACACCAAGAAGGACCGGUUGCAGAAGGCGGAGAAAGCGUUUGCGUACGCCAUGGUGCGAGUACUGACGGCCUGGAUGGCGCAGGAACCUACCGCGAUGAAAAAUCACGCCGCAAAGGUGUUGCCGUUCUUGUUUAAGCUGGCCAACGAAUCGUUCUACGAAUCGCGUGACUACCGAGUCGCUCACAAGGCUGACAACGUGGAUGAUCACGAGCAGCAGCCACCAGCUGACGUUCUGCGCGUGAUGCUGCCGGCGAUUUGCCACCUGGUGGUCGAGGAUGAGGCGCGCCAAAUCUUUCUGCGUGAAAAGGAAGAGCAGGUCCUAUACGACUGCCUGCUAUUUCACUGGUCGAUCGCGCACUACAAGAAGCCACCGGUGCCGCGCGCUGAGCGCCUUAAGCGCAUGAAUGAGCCCGAUCCGGAGAUGACACCGCAGCAACUGGACGACAUGCGCGACUCCCGGACAGCGAUCGUGAGCCUGUGUAACAUCCUGAUGAACAUCACCGUGCUGGAGGCGAAGCUGGUCGAGGAAAGUGCCCUGUUCGCGCAGCUGCUGCGCUUCAUCUUCGAGCACCUUCCGGAGCUGAAGGACACACCCGACAACCUCGUCAUGCACGGCCACCUGGCGGUACUGGGGCUGUUACUGCUCAAGCAGCAGUCGUCCAAGAUCAAGAAGAACGACUUCUCCAUCUGCCGCUACAUCCAGACGACGAUCCGCUUCCUCUGGGACGCUUACAACAUCGAUGAGUCGAACGACCCGCAGGCGCUGGUCGUCUCGCUCCAGUACAAGGAGCACUGGUUCGAGAUCAUGGAGCUGUGGUUCCUCGGUAUGCAAACCAUGAGCGGCAUUAUCCGGCUGAUACCGUGGAUCUCCGAGUUUGCCAUCGAGAGCGGCUGGGCCGAGGGCAUCAUCGAGACGCUGCGGAAGGUGAAGAUCGGCACGCUGCCGCCAAACGUGAAGCUGGCCUACGAAGAUUUCCUGGGUCAACUUGUCGAUGCCAAUCCGGCCGUCGCGCCCGUGCUCAAAAAGGCCGACGCACUGAAAGUGUGUCGCAACCACCGAAUGAUGGACCUCGGCAAGAAACUCUUUGGAGACUAAACUCUGGUUGUGUAGGUUGUGGGGCGCCACAGGGAGCCGACAUAUGCUGAAUCACACAUUUUCUUUCUUUUCCCUCCCGUUCUUUCAUGCGUCCCCGAUUCAUCUGCCUUGAUUUGUGAAUUUCGCUGCAUUUUUAAAUCCAUCUAUUUUAUAAUUAAUCAUUCUCGCUUAUAGCGUGCCUGUAUGUUGAUACAAACAAAAAGUAUGGGAAAGGAGGUGUUGCCAUAAGAACGAAGUAAUAAAAAGAGUGUU